AGUUAAGAGGAAGAGAGGUGGGGCAGAGGCGGUCUUUUAUUCUGCUCAGUGCUACAGCCACAGAGAGAGAGAGGGAGAGAGAGAGCCAGAGGGAGAGAGGGAUAUACACUUUCUUGUCGACAGUGGCAGGCAGAUGCAGAGGGAGCAAGCAGAAUCAACAGAGAGGGAAAAAGACAGAUGAGAGUAACACAGCGGGAGGAGGGGAGUCUGAACUCAUCCGUCUGCACAAGGAAAGAAGACCUUUGAUGAGCCUCAGACCCAACCAUCAGAUGUGGACUUUUUGCUUUCAACCAAGGAAAUGGGUCUUCAGUUUUCGCCCAUAGUGGAUAUCAUAUAUGAUGUUGAAGCACAACUAUGCCAUGGACUAGUGGUCUGACUUACUUACAAUAAUUCAAAUGAUCCUCAUGUGUGGGAACAAUGUUGGGAGGAAGAAAACAACCACAUAUUAAGGAACAUCUAAUGACCACACAAAAUAAAUAAAUACUAAAUAGAGAACCAGAUUAUGGAGUUCCUUUCUAUUUUUCCAAGGGAACUAUGUGAAAUACUUCUUUGGACUGCACCAUGUGGACACUCCUGGCUAUCCUGCACUGUGAAAAGAACUGUAAAACUGUGUGUUUGAGUGAAUUUGUGGGCGCAUUUGUGUAUACCCAUGGUGGUAUGACACAGUGGAGGUGAGAGGGGAAGACAUUUUCAGACCAUUUUUUUCAUUACAAUGAGAGUUCCAGCCACUCUGGCUGCAGUCUCCUGUCUUUGUCCUCUGGUUGUCUUCCUAUGUGUUGUCUCCCAGAGUUGUUAUGGGACCCGGGUCAAUUUGAGCCCUCAUGCUAACCCUAACCCCAGUCUCUACCCAAACCCGAGGCUCAAGCCACUGCCUGAAGCGACCCCAAUCCCAACCAAAAGUCCUGACAAACAUAAGACUCCACUGAGGUCCAGCCAGCUCUUGAGUUCUAGUCAGAACCUCUGGACCAAGUUUCAGUUAAAACCUAGGCUUGACACCAUGUCCUAUCUUACAGAAAACUACAGGUCCAAUACAAACUUUCCAUCAGCAAUUUCCCCGGCCGCAACAAGCUCAAAUAUCAAACUCAACAAUCCUAAGCAGUCUUCAAAAAUCAACCCCAUAACCAAUCCAAAACCAGUUCUUGGAUCUCUGUGGCAGCCCAAGCCAGAGGCAGUUCACAACUCUAAGGUAGUGACUGGGCCUACGACCAAUACUCAUUCACUCCCCAACACUAAAUUAUCUUCAUUAUCCAAUCCUAAUCAAAGGUCCAACUCAUCUGGUACUAUGAACCUGAGCACAUACUACAAUGCUAGCUCGGCUUCUCUAUCCAAUCCUAAAUACCAUUCCAAACUCCGACCUUCUUUUCAAACAAAUGCCAAAUCUGACUCGAAGAUCUUAAACCCAAGCUCCAGAACAUCCAUAAGAGCACAGAGGAACCAGACCAAGUUGUUGGAGACAGACAAAGAUUCUCAUCAUCGGCCAAAGAGAGGCUGGAUCUGGAACCAGUUCUUUGUUCUGGAGGAACACAUCGGACCUGAACCUCAGUAUGUCGGAAAGCUCCACUCCAACUCUGACAAGGGCGAUGGCUCUGUGCGAUACAUCCUGUCUGGUGAGGGGGCCGGGUCUGUCUUUAUCAUUGACGAGACAACGGGUGACAUCCACGCUGGCAAGAGCCUUGACCGUGAGAGGAAGUCCCAGUAUGUCCUACACGCAAGGGCCAUCGACCGGCGGACAAACCGCUCACUGGAGGCAGAGUCAGAGUUUAUCAUCAAGGUCCAGGAUGUCAAUGACAACGCUCCAACAUUCCCUGAUGGGCCGUUCUCAGCCACUGUGCCUGAGUUGUCUGAUAUUGGUACCUCAGUUUUCCAGGUGGCAGCCUCAGAUGCAGAUGACCCAACCUACGGGAACAGCGCCAAGAUAGUUUACAGCAUCCUGGAGGGACAGCCCUACUUUUCUAUUGACCCCAAGACAGGUAUCAUCCGUACAGCAAUGUCCAACAUGGACCGUGAGACCAGGGACCACUAUGCUGUGGUGAUCCAGGCCAAAGACAUGGCGGGCUCGGUCGGAGGACUGUCAGGAUCCACAACUGUCAACAUCACCCUCACUGAUGUCAAUGACAACCCUCCAAAGUUUCCACAGAAGAGUUACCAGCUGUAUGUGCCAGAGCUGGCUCCAGUAGGGAAGGCAGUGGGUCGGAUCAGAGCCAACGAUGAGGAUGAAGGGCAGAACGCUGAGAUGACCUACAGCAUCACUAAUGCUGACGCUGCUGCCAUCUUCACCAUCACCACUGACGCAGAGCACAGAGAGGGAAUCAUUUCCCUCAAGCAGCGUCUGAACUAUGAGAAGAGAAAAGUGCACACACUCAACAUCGAAGGCUCCAACACUCACCUAGACUCCCGCUUCUCCCACCUGGGGCCGUUUAAAGAUUCCACUUCACUGCGAGUCAUUGUGGGGGAUGUGGAUGAGCCUCCUGUCUUCUCCAUGGACUACUACAUUAUGGACGUGUAUGAAAACUCACCUGCUGGCACCCAGGUUGGCACUGUAACUGCUGUGGACCCUGAUAGUACCAACAGCGCUGUCAGGUACUUUAUAGAAAAUGAAGAGGACAGACCUUUGUAUUUCACCAUUGGGGUGAACAGCGGCAUCAUCAGGACCACCAAGGUUCUGGACCGGGAGGAAACGGCAUGGCACAACAUCACUGUGAUGGCUGCAGAGGUUGAUAAUCCACGUAUGGUCAGCCAUGUCCAGGUCACAAUCCAGGUCCUAGAUGUCAAUGACAACGUUCCAUCCAUCUCUGGGGGCAACAGUGCCAUUGUAGUGUGUUCAGGCACCAAAAAUGGACAGGUGAUUCAGACCAUCCGAGCAGCAGAUUUGGACAACUUUGCAAAUGGAAAGUUCUCCUUCUAUGUGCCUGCUGAGCAUCAAGUUGAUGCAAAUUUUACUGUGAAGGACAACGGAGACAACACUGUCAGUAUAGUAUCUCGUCGGCGGGAAGUCUUCAGCCAGGACAGAGACCAGGACUUCUUCAGCCUGGUGGUGGUGGUGGCUGAUGGUGGGGAGCCUCCUCUAAGCAGCACCACUACGCUCUCCCUCAGGGUGUGUGUUUGUCAGAGGAACACCAGGGGGCGCAACAGCAACAACAUCUGUCAGGCCCAGGCCUUCCUGUCCUCAACUGGUCUCAGCACUGGGGCCUUUGUGGCCAUACUUCUGUGUAUCAUCAUAUUAUUAGCCAUAGUGGUUCUGUUUGCACAGCUACGAAAUAAAAAAGCAAGCAAAGAGCCACUGAUUCUCUCGGAAGAGGACAUCAGAGAAAAUGUGGUAACCUAUGACGAUGAGGGAGGUGGGGAGGAGGACACUGAGGCCUUUGACAUUGCUGCACUUCGAAAUCCCAAAGCCUCUGAGCCUAACGGGAAGUUCCACACCUACCUUGGUCGUGGACAAAGCCUAUGCAGAGAGCAGGAUGAGUUUGAGGAUGAUGAGGAGGGGACUGUGGUGGUGAGGAGGAGGAAAGCUCGGCAGGUAGAUUAUGGGAACUACAGCCCAGAGUCGGAACCGGCCUGGUUUAUCAUUGACUGCGUUCCCCGAGAGAUCAGCCAGUCAGCGCCUUCUCUUCUGCUGGACAGUCAUGACAUCAUUCAGCAGAUCAUCCAGCAGAAGGUGGCCGAGGCAGACUGUGACACACGGGGCCCACCUUAUGACUCACUUCAAACAUAUGCUUAUGAAGGCCUCGGGUCCUUGGCUGGGUCAGUCAGCUCUUUGGGCCUGACUGCAGCAGUGCCCGAACUAAACUAUGCCGACCUAGAAGACUGGGAACCAGAGAGGCAAACACUAGAACAAACUGCUGGAGAGUAGCUGGCUACAGGCCACGCUAACCCAGAAAGAUUUCCAUCCAAAAGUUCCCUUUUUUUUCCUUUGGCCAGAUUUGCUGAAGUAAAUUACUUAUGCCAUUUAAACCUGAGUGCAAGGAUACAAAAUUACUGCUGCAAAAAGUUGGCAGUUAGGAACUGUGAUAUCAGUGGAUCAGCCAUUAACAUAUAACAGGAGAGAAGAACACACACUGGCUGAAGGGAAAGUUAGUUGAGUACUUGACUGAAAUGAGGGACAGAAUGUAAAAUGAAGAAGACGUGUUUUAAAAUGAAAGGUCCAUUUGCAGACAGUUUCCUGCCUCCACUCUGCUUGUUAGGUGAGUUAGUGGGAAAGGUACAUCUGGUCCUGAGCCCAAAGGAUUCUGAUCUCCACUGUUGCUGAAACUCCAGUCAUGUAAAAAUCCUUGCACAGCUACCCCGCAGAUGAAUAACAAAUUGGCUUAGAGCAUGAUGACCCCAGGUCCAUGGUUCAGGUCACCAGUCAUUUACUGGCUUAAAUAAUGGGAGCAUGGAGUUUUAUUGAUUUGUUAUUCAUAAAGACAAACAUGAGGCCAACUGUGGUCUGCUCUGAUGGUCUGACUGGAAGACUCACAGAUUUUCUAAAGGGCAAAGAAAGCUACAGGUCCUUCCUCUGAGGAUUGUUGAAUUCUCAUUAUUUAUCAAAAGACAAAAUAAAAUUAAAAAUUAAAAAUGUAAGUCCCUAAAUAUGUCUGCAUGUGCAUAGUGGCAGCAGGACCGUGGAGCAUCAGCCUCUCAGGUACAGGUUAGUGAAGGUUAGCUAAUCCAAAUUCCAGUUUCACGAUCAUGCUCUGAGUCUGAUAAUAGAACAAACUGCCAAGAAUAUAAGGUGAACGCUCAUAGCCAUUUUUUCCACUGCAGGAACUUAACAACCCAUAACCUAAGCUAUUAUCAGUGGUUACUAUACUCUCUCCACUGUCUUGAAAAUGUUGGUUGGUUCUUCUGCAGUCGUGUUAUUGGCUGCAGAGACUGUGUUUCUCACAUGGUUUAUCUUGUGUCAGUCCACAAUUCUUCUCAGUGUUCAUGUAUCUGCUGGGUGAUAUUAUCAGGCAACAUAGCAUAAAACACAGCUAUGCUAAAAAUUCUCUGCUAUACAUUUCAGUUGAAGCUGAUGGACCCGUAGGUACCUGCAUAUCCACCAUUAAUAUUUUGAUUAACAACCAACCUUAAAGUUCAAUGAAGACACAGGUGAAAGGUCUUUUACUUCACCUGAAGAUCAAGUCUCUACUAUGUUUGGCAAUCUGUCAGCUCUGAUGAAAUCUGAAAACUGAUCAGACCUUACCUUCUACACAUUCUGUUCACAGGAUCCAGCUAAAUUCAAAACUCUGCCACACAAAGAAAAAUACAACAGUUAGACUGAUUGUAGGGCAUUGAUACCACAUUCUUUUUGAUGUUUUCCUGUUGUACAAAAUUUGCCACUUUAGAUACACAAAAUUGAAAAAGAACAACAGGACCGACUGGCAUCAUCUUGUAACUGAUUUUAGUUUCAUUUGUAUGUCAACAUGAAGUACAAGAUUAUACUCCUACAGAAAAUCAAGGGCACUGCUGGGGCUGACACUAAACUUUGUCCUGCAUGUUGCAGUUUUCAGUUUGCUCUGUUACACACAUUUCAGCCCUGUCACCAGACAAGAACACAGACAUUGGACAAUUCUACUAAACCCUAAAUUAUGUUCAUUUAUGAUUAUUUUUAACAUGCAAUGCAAUGCCAAAUUCUUACUGUCAUCAUUUUGUUUGGGAAAAGAUCAUGAUAUAACUGUCUAAGUUAUGAUUAGGUUUAGGCAACAAACCCUCUUGAUUACAGUUAAUAAACCUCUGGUCUCCUCUAUGAAAGUCAGACACUGUCCACACCCUUAGUUUCUGCAUCACUUCAUUGUCGUCACGUCUAAUAUGAACAGAAUUCCCGGUAAGACCAUGCUUGCACAUCGUCAUCAGCAAUUUAUAUUAUUUUUUAUCAUCUUUUGUAUUUUUUUUCUGCAUUGUUUGGCUGAGUGUUGCAUUUCCACUUUUCUAGACACUGAGAAAUCCUUUGGUCCAACUUUUGUUUUUAACCUCUGAUUCCCUGUGAACAGACCUCUCUCCCCAAAUACUAAUGACACUGUCAUUACAACAGCUGUUACCUAUUGUUCUCUUUUUCUUUAAACUAUUGGUUGCAGGAUACAGUAGCAAUGUGUCGUAAAGUUGUUAAUGUGUUAGUAGUCACUCUUAAUAGUAAAUCUGCUUGACUAAACACAGUCACUUUACAUCAGUUCAGUAUUGUUUGUAUAGCUCUAUAUCACAAAUCAUUCAUCUCCAGAUCAGGCAGAGCCCAUGGCAACACAUUACAUUUUAUUUAAUUAUGUUCCUGCAGUGGAAAAGAGCUAUUUGUCAACUGUACCAGUUUCAACCCACGUCUGUGAAACAGCCGCUGAUAAUUCAUUCUUCAGAACAGUGACAAAGAUGCAGUGGAAUCUGCUUCUUUGCUCCACUCCACCUCCACCUCCACCCCUCACUCUCCUGGUAACAUUUCUUAUUUACUUAAAUAUCUGGAAAUUUGUAUUUCAGUAUGCUUUUUCUUUUCACUGAACUGAUAUUGGUGAAAGGACUGUAUCUUUUCAGAGUGGAAAUCAAUCAAUACCAGAAUAAUAAUAAGGAAAAUUGAAGAAAUUAAGCCUGUUUUCCCUGGUGUAUAUUUUUAUUGAUGAAUAAAAAAAACAGUGAUUUCAGAAAAGCUGUUUGAUUAUGUGCUUAAAUAAGUUUUUGAUCCAUAUCCGCAAAGCUUGAAAAGUGCCAAAUUUUAUACAUAUUUUUCUAUUCUUAGCUCUGGUGUGGCAGAUUUGGGAUUCUUACAUAUUGUGAUAAAUAUGGAUUUUCUUGAUGUGUCAUCUGACCCUACACUGUCUGUAAAAAAAAUCCACUUUCUUCGUAUUGCUUCUUCUCCUUCUUUUUUCCAGUGCUCUAACUGAUUAACAGAGAAAUAAAUACCUCACCCAAAGAGCAUGAAAAGUUUUUAAUUGGGGCCUGUGCAGUAUACUGUGUGUAAUCAUUGGCUUCAGAUGCCUCAAAGUGCAGCUUUUACAGCCAUCAAGGGAUUUGUAAAUCUGCCCAGGAAAGAGUUUGCCUGUUGGUGAACCUACAUACCUCAUCCCUGGAGGCUCAAUAGGGGACAUAAAUAAAUCACCAUUUAAGUCUUUUGUUAGCUUUCCCAAUGAUUAAUACAGUCUGUGUUCCAGGCCCGUUAUUUUGAAUGAGCAGAGUUAUUUAACAUUCAGCUUUUUACAUUAUAUUUUGUAAAGCAUGAAAAAUGACUGUGUCAGUUCUUCAUUAAUUCGGCUUCACGCAGCAUGGUAUUUUAUUUCACAUGUAGAGGAGAAUGCUUAGGUUGCCUAUUCUUAGGUGUUUGCUAAUUACCAAUUUCUUGGAUAAAGAAAAAAAAAUGGAGUGGAGGAAAGGUUUAAAAACACAAAAUCAUUUUCAAAUAAGCUCUGGCAUCACA